AUGAAAGCCCGUGGCGAUCUCAAACGUCUAUGGGUAGGUGUUCUGAUUGCCUUGCCCAGUGGUGCUGGUGUUGCAUUAUCAGUUCUUGGUGGAAACACAGGGUCAUUGGUUGGUGUGGCUAUAUCUGCUUCUCUUCUUCCUCCAGCGGUGAACUGUGGCCUUCUUCUUGCAUAUGCCAUACUUGCUCGUGCAGUAUCGACUGUAGCUCGUACUAGCAUAAAAGUACUUGAACAUUUUUUAAACUUGGUUAUAAUGUGA